AGUCAUUGAAAUUAACUUGUUGCCAGUAGCGACGAUACCUACAUUCUCUUUUCACAAUGUACGGCAACGAAGACGACGAAGAGGAUGGUCCUAAAAGCAGUUUUGAAACGUACUUAGCGGAAGGAGAGAAACUUUCCAACAAGGGCUACUACCAAAAAGCCUUGGAAGCGAUCACAAUGGCAUUAGAAUUGAAGUCGUUUGAUCGAGUAGCACUGGUGGCCAGAUCUAAGGUCCAUCUACAAAUGGGCAGUAAUACGACAGCGUUGGACGACGCCGAGCUCUCUCUCAAGGACGACAAAGAAUUCGUCAAGGGUCUCUAUGCGAAGGCUGAGGCACUCUAUGCCAUGGGUGACUUCGAGUAUGCUCUCAUGUACUAUCAUCGCGGCAACAAGUUGAGACCAGAACUGGAGGAAUUUCGACUGGGAAUACAGAAGGCAUCGGAAGCUAUUGAUAACUGCAUAGGAGAGCGAGCAGCUGUCAAGCUAAAGAACAAAGGAGAUUUAUCAUUUUUUGCUGCUCAAGAAGAACACGCAAAGAAAGGUAAAGGCGGAGUGAAGAAAAAGAAAUUUGGUGGUCCACAACAGGUUCAGUCUAACAGAGCAAAGGUCCCAUCUAAACCGAGAAACAGCAAGACAGUGAAACAGCUCUUGGGAGAACUCUACGCUGACAGAGAAUACCUUGAGAAACUGAGCACAGACACAGAUUUUGUUCAUGGACAUCAGAAUGUUGAUGUCUAUCACUUAGUCCGCGAGGGUCUCACCUACCUGGACACUCGCUCCGAAUUCUGGCAACAACAACAACCCAUGUACGCACGCAAACAAGAGCGGGAGCUGCGUAAAUGGAAACCAGCUCAAAGGAAACCGAAAAAGAAGGAGGGACCUGAUCCCACUGUGGUGAUUGUGCAGAAGCUUGAAGAAAUAGAAGACGCUUUGGAUGUGGGCAAUGCUGAGGAGAGUCUUGAAAAGGCUAAGGACUGUAUGAAGUUUGUGGAGCCAUACUCAGAGAGUGAGCUACCGAAUAAGGAAGACAUCAUAGGGCAGCUGCACGGAUGCUUGGGCAAUGCAUUCAUGGACUUGGGACGUAUGGAAGACGCACAAAUUCAAUUUGAGAAGGACCUGCAGAUAGCUCUUGCUCGGCAAAACCUUGACGCUAAGUCAAGAGCAUAUGACAAUCUCGGUCGUCUUCAUGCAAAAUCUGGCAACUAUUUCAAGGCAGUUGAAAAUUGGACCGAAAAGCUUCCUCUCAGCAAGACAGCUCUUGAAAAGACAUGGCUUUACCAUGAAAUCGGUCGUUGCCAUCUAGAGAUGGGAAAUUAUGAUGAUGCUCAUGAUUUUGGUGAAAAAGCACUGGCAGCAGCUCAUGAGGCCAAAGACCAAGUGUGGGAAUUGAACAGCAGUGUUCUUAUUGCCCAAGCAGAAGUGAAGUUGGAUGACUUGGCUGCUGCAGUUGAAUCAUUUGAAAGAUCCCAGCGUUUGGCUCAACUGUCAGGAGAUCGGGGAGCAGAAGAAGCAAUACAAAAAGCUCUGGAGGACCUCAAUGCCAAAAUGGUGCAAAGCUUGCACGUUGACAGCAGUGGUGAGGCAGAAGGAAACGGAGACGGAGAAGGUGAACCAGAAGGUUACGAAGGAGAAGCCGAAUCUGUGACAGGGAAUUCUGACAAGGAAACUCACAACACGUAGAGCAAUUGAAGCAAUAGUUUAUUAACACUGACUUCUUAGAUACAUAAAUAACUGUAUAACUGUCAUCAGACACGACAGUUCUGUACGUCAUAUAUGAGAAUGGCCUCCGCUCCAAUCUCUAAAGAAAACAAUGGAUGAGACGUGUGCCAAAG